AUGGCAGUCAAAAGCCAACUCGGUGUAACUUACACCACAAAUACCUUUCCUCCUAGCCCACCUCGGACUGUCGGAAAUUCUCAUGCUGGUAGCGACGACGAACGAGACGAAGUCGAUGCUACACCAACGACUCCUCCAGUAGAGAAGCUUGGCCAGCUUCUGAAGCCCUACUCUCUUCCACCCGCAAACACUCCUACCCAUGUUCUCCCAGAAGACCUGAAAACACCAGACCACCGCGUUCACCGGGAUCCCAGGCUAAUACGGCUCACGGGUGUUCAUCCCUUCAAUGUCGAGCCGCCCCUGACAGACUUAUACGAUGAGGGCUUUCUGAACAGCGAGAACCUGCAUUACGUUCGCAACCAUGGCCCAGUACCUCACUGCCCCGACGAUGAAUCCCUGAAUUGGACAUUUACUGUUGAUGGACUUGUGGAAAAGCCUUUCACAAUUACUGUCCGCGACUUGAUUCAGAAGUAUGACCAGUUCACAUACCCUGUUACGCUGGUGUGUGCUGGUAAUCGUCGAAAGGAACAAAAUGUGGUUCGCAAGUCCAAGGGCUUCUCUUGGGGAGCCGCUGGGCUCUCAACUGCUCUGUGGACUGGUGUGCCGAUUGGUGCUCUUCUGAGAAUGGCCAAGCCCAAACGAGCUGCGAAAUAUGUAUGCUUUGAGGGAGCAGACAAGCUGCCUAACGGGUACUAUGGCACAUCUGUCAAGCUCAACUGGUGCAUGGAUGAGAACCGAGGCAUCAUGGUCGCCCACAAGAUGAACGGCCAGUCGUUGCAUCCAGACCAUGGUAAACCUGUACGUAUUAUCAUCCCUGGGCAGAUUGGCGGGCGCAGUGUCAAAUGGCUCAAGAAAAUCACAAUCACAUCCGAGCCCAGUGAUAACUGGUACCACAUCUACGACAACCGUGUCCUUCCCACCACAAUAUCGCCCGACGCUAGUGCAAACUUGCCAGACGUCUGGAAAGAUGAGAAAUACGCCAUCUACGAUCUGAAUGCCAACAGUGCCAUCUGUUACCCCCGACACGACGAGCGGCUCGUUUUGGCAACUGCUCCAGAUACGUACAAGGUUCGGGGUUACGCUUAUGGCGGCGGCGGGAAACGAAUCACUCGGCUCGAAGUUACCUUGAAUAAAGGUAAAUCAUGGCUGUUAGCAGGCAUCCGCUAUCCCGAGGAUGACUACCGUCGCGCCCCCGACGGCGACUUGCUGUACGGCGGCAGCACUGACAUGUGGUGGCGCGAGACGUGCUUUUGCUGGUGCUUUUGGGAAAUCGACAUUCCUGUCGCCGACCUCGGCGCCGCCGACGACAUCAUGAUCCGCGCCAUGGACGAGGGCAUGAUGGUGCAGCCGCGCGACAUGUACUGGAGCGUGCUCGGCAUGAUGAACAAUCCAUGGUUCCGCGUCGUGAUCCACAAGGAAGACGGCGCGCUCCGCUUCGAGCAUCCUACCCAGCCGGCGCUGAUGCCCGGUGGGUGGAUGGAGCGCGUCAAAGCCGGCGGCGGCAACCUCACCAACGGCUUUUGGGGCGAGAAGACGGCAGCGGAGGAGGAGCAGGUGCUAGCAGAGCCGGAAAAGGAGAUUUGCAUGACGAAUCCAAAAGUGGACCGCAUCAUCUCUCUGGAGGAGCUCAAGGCGCACGAGGGAGAGACGGAGCCUUGGUUCGUGGUCAAUGGGCAUGUGUAUGAUGGCACGCCGUACCUGGACGAUCACCCAGGUGGCGCGACAUCCAUCAUCAACGCCGCAGCCCAAGAUGCAACUGAAGAAUUUAUGACAAUCCAUAGUGAAAAUGCCAAGGCCAUGAUGCCGCAGUAUCACAUUGGCACUCUCAAUGAUGCAGCCCGCAAAGCUCUCGAAGGCAGUGCCGAGGAGAGCCCAGCAAGCGACCCAACACGCGCUGUAUUUCUUCAACCAAAAUACUGGAGCAAGGCUAUCCUCGAGACCAAGACGGAUGUUUCCUCUGACAGCAAAAUAUUCUCCUUCCGUCUCGACCACGCGGCCCAGUCCAUCGGUCUCCCGACAGGCCAGCACCUUCUCGUGCGCCUCCGAGAUCCGGCCACGCGCGAAGCUGUCAUCCGUGCGUACACGCCCUUAUCAGAGACACAUGCCAAGGGCCAGCUCGACAUCCUCAUCAAAAUUUACCGAGAUGUCCCCGGCCAGCCCGGCGGCAAGAUGACGCAGGCGCUCGACUCGAUCCCCCUCGGCCACUUUGUGGAUAUCAAAGGCCCGGUUGGCAAGUUUGAGUACCUCGGCAAGGGACACUGCACCGUGUCCGGGACGUCGAGGCACGUGCGCCGCUUCGUCAUGAUUUGCGCAGGGUCCGGCGUCACGCCCAUCUUUCAGGUGCUGCGGGCCGUGACGUGCGACGCGCAAGACGGGACGGAAUGUCUGGUGCUGGACGGGAACCGCUGCGAGAAGGACAUUCUCUGCAGGGAGGAGCUGGACGCCAUGGUGGCCAGGGCGCCGGCGAGGACGACGCUGCUGCACAAGCUCUCCCGGCCAGACGCGUCGUGGUGCGGCCUGCGAGGGCGCAUGGAUAAAGAGUAUCUGGAGGAGCACAUUGGAGGCUUUAGGAAGUCGGAUGGUCGUGAAAUGGUGCUGGUGUGUGGUCCAGCAGCGCUCGAGGAGACUGUAAGGAGUGUUCUCGUGGAAAUGGCAUGGAAGCCUGAAGACAUGCUCUUCUUUUAG